AGAUCGAGAUAUAAAAACUUCUUUUUCUGAAUUGGGUUAGUUUACCAUUGCUUGAGGACAUGAAUUUUAGGAGCUUAGAUGAGUUUUGGGCUUUCUAUGUGAGCCAACACUCGAAAAAAAGUACAAGGCGUUGGCACUUUGUGGGAACACUCAGUAGUAUUAUCUUUUUGCUUUUCUCGAUAUUGUUUAAUUGGUGCUUUCUGGUGUGUGUGCCAAUCUUUGGUUAUGGAUUCGCCUGGUAUAGUCAUUUCUUUGUUGAAGGAAAUGUUCCGGCUACUUUUGGGCACCCGUUAUGGUCUCUUUUUUGUGAUUACAAGAUGUUUGGAUUGAUGCUUACCGGGAAUAUGGAUAGAGAAAUUAAGAGGCUCGGCAAGAGGCCUGUGUUGCAGGUCUUUUGAUCAUGAUACUUGCAUCCCCAAGAAACUUCUGCUUUACUUUGGGUGAGGGUGUUCAUCCGUAAGAAAGAAAUUUUGGGAAUAUAUGCCAUCAUCUUCCAACCUUGGAAGCAUUUAGAAGGAUAUUGAGUGGAUAGCAGAAUAUAUUCACCCAAGUGCAUGGUGACAUUGUCGGCGCGAGCAUACAAUCUGAUACUGUGAUAAGUAAUGAAAACAAGAUGUCUGUAAAUAGUUCAGAAUUUAGCCUUUGAAUUGUUCAUGUAUGAAUAACAUAUGGUUGCUUUCUGUAAACACCUUUUGGCUGAAGAGUGUUCUUAGGCGGGGAACUAUU